AUGCAAAACAUCCCGGUGUUGAUCACUAUAUGGCAGAUGAAGAAACCAUCACUUGUGUCUGGACUGUACUUCGUGUACUCACAGCGGAGAAAUCACAGGGCGGACAUAUUGAGCUUUAUCUCCUCCCAGAGUCCGAAACGAAGUCAUGGUAUAUUUCUCUCAUUUGUAGAUGCUACGCUUUUCAAUUUUUGUACCGGGUCGUUCAACGAGAGGUGUAUUGUGUGCUGCGAUCACGGACUUCCACAUGAAGGCCUCAUGAUUAUGCGUGUAUACGCAAUGUCCGACCGAUCCAGAGCGAUAUUAUUGCUCCUUCUUGGGUGCUUGUUUGUCGAAACUUCGGUCUUCAUUGUGACUGGGAUAAUCACACUUCUUCCUUCGAACGGGACCACAGCGUCGACAUACGAUGUUGAUAGUAUCAUAUUUUGUGGCCUCGUUUCAGCUACUCCGGGUACCCUCGCGCCAACGGGGUGGGUAAACUCGACCCUCAUCGGCUCAAUUGCUGCCCUCGAGGUUCUUCUAGUUUCAUUAUCCAUGUACAAAUUCGCGCAAGAUGCUUUGUACUUUGUGCAGGCUUGGCGUCAUAUCCUCAGACGUAAACUCAUGUCAGACAUAUACUCGGUACUUAUCAGAGAUAAUGUUUUUUGGGCCUUACUAACACUCGUUAGCUCUUCUCUAAACUUCAAGACAUCUGACUAUCCACAGUCACCUGAUAUCUUACUAGAUAUCGUGGCGGAUGUCUUUGCAGCUUUACCAUUGUCUAUGAUGGGGCCGCAUCUUGUCCUCAGUAUGAAAGCAGAAAGUAGAAGUGAACGUGGCAAUCUAGAGGCAACCACACAUGGUAGAGGUUCCAGCGGAGGCGAGUUCACUAGCGUCCUCUUUACGGAUGAUGACUACCAACUUCGUAGUAAGGUGCAGAUAACGAGUAGUUUUGGGACAUUCCUCGCCGAAAAAUUAGUUAGGAUAGGAAACAUCUGA